AUGAUUGGCCGUAAACUAACACAGUUCCAGAGACAUUCCAUGAAACGCUCUGCGAGGCGACAUCGGAAGUCUUCCCAUCGGGAGUGUUUUAAAGUUCUAGACGAUUAUGAGGAGCAGGUUGAAAGAAUUCUCGCCGAGAGAGAGGAUGACAGAACUGCUACUGCUCAGCUCAUUCAAGAGCUCAACGCUGAAAAAGCUCGAGAGAUUUCCAGCUUACACAAAUUCAUUGCCGAAAAGGACGCUGCAGUCGCCGAAGUUGGUCGGCUUAAGAAGGAGACUUCACAGCUGCGGCAGCAGCUGGAGUCUACAAACACCACGUUGCAGGACCAGGUGGCAUGGGACGAUAUACAGCCAGUCUUACACCAGACACACGGAGAACUGAUCUCCGCUGCGUCUCGUUUCGCGAAUUUGAUCGAUAGUCUUCAGAACAAACGACUGGCAUCCUUCUUGCCUAGCACCGAGGUGUUCCAUGGCAAUUGGGCCACCACCGGUGGUCCUUCGGAACCCACCGACCCUAGCGCGCUUCCCGGGUUUUCCGGAUCAAGCAACCCGCCGCUGUUUGACCCACAAGCCCUAACCUCAACCAAUGAAUAUGGGCCAUUUGCUUAG